UAAUGUUUAAAAUGUGCUAUUUAGAGGUUAUGGUAACAAGUAAAUAAUUUUGUUCGUCCGUUUUGUGAUUUAUGUUGACAAGCAUAUUCAUGAAAUGAACGGCAAAACUGCAAAUGACGACAAACAAUCAGCAAAUAACGCCGAAUUUUCACCAGUGAAACUUCCACAGAGUCCGGCGGCAGGUGCCCUUCAAAAAAAUUUGACAGGUUCUCCGAGGGUGGCACGCGAUAUUGUUGCCGAUUUGUAUAAUAACAUCCAGAAAUGGAAUGAUUUUCACAUUAAGGGCUCGACUAUUGUAAAGAAAAUAGUCGCAGUCAAGUCCGAGAGUCAGGAAAAUUACACCAUUGAACUAGAGGAGUAUACUAAGGCUCUCUUUGAAGUGAUGACAUCAUUGGUAGUAUACAGAAAUUCUUUUGAUUACCUCACUAGUCAAAUAAUUGCCUUAUCAAAGCUGCAAAAGAACAAUCGGCCUUUAUUUAUGUCAUUGUCAGUUGCAGAUAUGGCAGAAAUGAUAGGGACUAUAGGUCAAGCAUAUAAAAAUGAAUUUGAAAUAAAGACGACAGUUUUGGAGAACAUUGGUCAUGCAAAAGAUAAGCAUGAGGCUAUGUUUUAUGCUGCAAGUUGGACUCAUCAGGAUUAUAUUACAAAGCGAAUUGAUAUGAAGUUAGAGUGUUUAGUAGUUGAAACAGGGCAUAGGGCCUACCACUAACAUUCUAUUUAGGUCAACACCUAAACUAAAGACUGAUAAUUAAUUUGCUCAAUAAAAAUAUAAUUUGUAUUUAUAUUUUUUUACUGUAAAACGUACAGUAAAAAUUUGUUUGAGGUUUAGUCCAGUGUUUAUGUAUGUGGAUUAUUAAUUUGAUGACUGGAAAUGUUGCUUCUUAAAUGUCAGUGUUGGUUUUUGUCUAAAACUUAUUAUUAAUAAGCUACCACAAGUACCUAAAUGGUAAAACUUUUAUAUAGAACUCACUAGACUUAUCUCACUAAUUGUAAAUAUAUUUCUAAGUAUAAAUUGAAUUUAUUGUAUACUAUAUAGUUAUGCACUUAUGUUUAAUAAACGUUUCAAAAAUAA